UUACGUUUACGUUUGUGCUCGUCGGCAAUUCAAGUUAAUUAAAAACGUUAGCUAACUCUCGGUAUCAUCGCCACUGCCAUCGCCCCCGCUCCAACAUGAGCAAUUACCAUCCCCACUCACUGGCGCAUCCGCAUCCCCAACAGCUACAGAAUCAGCUACAAAACCAGAUACAGAUCCAGCAUCCGCCCCCGCAAUCCCAAUCCCAAUCGCAAUCACAAUCGCGCCACAACCACACCAUACCCACCGUGGCGACGGGCUCAUCCAUAUUGGUGGCUCAGCCACCGCAGCCCCUGAUCAGCAACUCGCUGGCCAUUCGCCAGGAGAUCCAGCGCUUCGAGAGCGUCCAUCCAUCGAUCUAUGCCAUAUACGAGCUGAUUGAUCUGCUACCUUUGGCCGAUGCCCAGAUAGCCCAGUCGAUUCGGGAUCAUGUUGUUUGCAUUGAAGAUUCGUUUGUGAACAGCCAGGAAUGGACGAUUUCGCGCUCGGUUCCCGAUCUCAGGCUGGGAAUCGUCGGGUCGCUCAACUCCGGCAAGUCGGCGCUGGUGCACCGGUAUCUGACCGGCUCCUACAUGCAGGAGGAGUCCCCCGAGGGUGGCCGCUUCAAGAAGGAGGUCUUUAUCGAUGGCCAGAGCUACUUGCUGCUCAUCCGCGACGAGGGUGGAGCUCCCGAAAUGCAGUUCGCUGGCUGGGUGGAUGCCGUAAUCUUUGUGUUCAGCCUGGAGAACGAGGGCAGCUUCAACACCGUCUACAACUACUACACCAAAAUGGCGCACUUUCGCAACGGCCAGGACAUACCCAUGAUAUUGGUGGGGACGCAAGAUGCCAUCAGUGAGCGUAAUCCCCGCGUGAUUGAUGACACCCGUGCCAGGAAGCUGGCCAGUGAUCUGAAGCGAUGCUCCUACUACGAGACCUGCGCCACCUAUGGCUUGAAUGUGGAGCGCGUCUUUCAAGAUGCCUGCCAGAAGAUCCUGUCCCAGCGCCUGCCCCUACCGCCCCAAGUCCAACCGGCGAGGCCCACCACCCCGCAGGGCAGUCGCCUGGGACUGGGGCCCUACCAAGCGCCCACCAACGGACAGCGCAGCCAGCAGCAGUUGCCUCUGCGGAUGAGUGCCGACUUCGCCCAGGCCGAGCAGAAGCACUGGUCCCUGCAGGCCAGUGCCUCCUCCUCGUCGGUGGCAGCCACCACGAACGAGAACAACAACAUUACCAAAUACAAUCCUGGAGCGGCCAACCCGUUGCAGGGCGACUGCUCGCAGGUACAGCUGCGGGAUCCCCGAGAUCUGGCUCCACCGCCGGGGAAGGAGCUGCCCACACCGACCUCUACCCCCACAACCAGCAGGAAGAGCCGGCGACGCUCCAACUUGUUCAUUCCCUCCUCCUCGAAGAAGGCCGACAAGGAGAAGGAUCCCAAGGGCAGCGAACUGGGAAGUGGCAGGUCGAUUCCCAUCAAGCAGGGCUACCUGUACAAGCGCUCCAGCAAGUCGCUGAACAAGGAGUGGAAGAAGAAGUACGUGACGCUGUGCGACGACGGGAGGCUGACCUACCAUCCGUCGCUCCACGACUACAUGGACGAUGUGCACGGCAAGGAGAUUCCGCUGCAGUACGUCACGGUGAAGGUGCCCGGGCAGAAGCCACGCGGCUCCAAGAGCAUUAUUACAAACAGUGCGCUGACCAGCUCGCUCCUGGCCAACGGGCAGAGGGCCCAGAACACGCUGAGCGACGGAAUCGGUUGCCUUACGCUGGCCAAGGAUAACCAGCGCAAGCUGAACGAGAAGCUGUCGCUCCUGGGCGCCGGGUCGGGAGCAGCUCAAGCAGAGCCCCUCAAGUCGAACAGUUCGCAGCAAACCAGCGGGGACGAGGGCAUAGCCAUGUCCAACUCCAACUCCCAGACCUUUAACCCCGGCGAGGCGGCGGCUGUAGCCGGCAAGUUGGAGGCCCAGACUCCGAAUGUCAAGAAGCGCCACCGCCGCAUGAAGAGCAGCAGCGUGAAGGCGAACGAGGCGGAUGACAAUGACGGCUACGAGUUCUACAUCGUCUCGCUGGACUCCAAGCAGUGGCACUUUGAGGCCGCCAACUCGGAGGAGCGCGACGAGUGGGUGGCGGCUGUCGAGCAGGAGAUCUUCAAGAGCCUGCAGAGCAUAGAGAGCAGCAAGACCAAGCAGGUAACCAGCACUGACCUGGCCGCCAUGUUGGCCAUCCGGCAGCGGGUGCCAGGCAAUGGAUACUGCGUUGACUGCGGAGCACCAAAUCCGGAAUGGGCUAGCUUGAAUCUGGGAGUGCUCAUGUGCAUCGAGUGCUCGGGCGUGCAUCGCAACCUGGGCUCGCACAUCUCCAAGGUUCGCUCCUUGGGACUGGAUGACUGGCCAUCUCCCCAUCUGAGUGUGAUGCUCGCCAUUGGCAACAGUCUGGCCAACUCCGUUUGGGAGUCGAAUACCAGGCAGCGGGUGAAGCCGACGACUCAGGCCAGCCGGGAGGAGAAGGAGCGGUGGAUACGGAGCAAGUACGAGGCCAAGGAGUUCCUCACCCCACUCGGCAGUGGCGCCUCAGGGCAUCCCAGCCCCAGUCCGGGCCAGCAGUUGAUCGAGGCGGUGAUUCGAGCUGACAUUAAGUCGAUCGUUUCCAUUCUGGCCAACUGCCCGGCGGAGGUGACCAACGCGAACGUUAGCGCGCGGGAUGUGCGCACUCCCCUGCUGCUAGCCUGUGCCAUCGGCAACCUGGCCAUCGCCCAGCUCCUGAUUUGGAACGGAGCCAACAUCAAGCACACGGACCACGAGGGACGCACCUGCUUGGCCUAUGCCCGGGCUGCCCAGUCCCUGGCCACGGCCAAGUCGAUGAAGGCCGCCGCUGCCGCGCAGGCCGGCACCACCAUCCCGGCCCCAGCACCUCCGGCCAACGGCGGGAUACCUGCACCCCAAUACAACGUCGAGGACACGACGGCGCUGGUGGAGCUGCUGGAGGGGUUGGGCUGCCCGGAGGCGGCUCCCCUGACCGCCAGCGGAACGCUGCCGCGGAGACGCGACACGCUCGGCACGCCGUACGAGAAGUCGGUGUCGGGUGUGAUCUGAGUAGAGUAGCUAAAUUUCCGAUAAGAUUACCGUGGAUUAGCUGAUCCAAUGUGAAACUGAUUCGAUUUUGUUGUAUGUGUAACUGGAGUAGUUUAAUUUCGAGAGUAAAUCUGUAUAGCGACUUUUAGGAAUAGGUUUUAGGAAUGUUGUGCAAAUGUUUUACUAUUAUUAUUAUUAUUAUUUGGCGAGCGUUGAAUGGAAAUUCACAGGAUUUAUUUAUGUUUUUAGUUUGUUUAGUUCCUAAGACCUCGAAACCUGUACAGCCCUGUUGUAAUCUCAAGUGUAUAAUUUAUUAUUUUCUUAUUACGCAUUACUACCAUAAUUGUUUUUUAUCGUGUGCAGGUUUUUUUUAUGUCGUUUGCAAAACAACCAAUUAGUAAUAUUAUUUUCCACAAGAUCAUUCAAAAGACUAUAAAAAAAAGAGAGAAGAAUUAUAUAUAAAUAGCACUUAGCAAUAGGCACAAGCUGAUGCAAAAUAUACGUAUAAACGGAAUGAAUCUAAGAUUAAAGCCAAAAACAAACUUAUACUAUUCAAUAUACACAAACACAUACAUUA